UACCUUGUCCCUCCUCCUCGUUACUGACCCGCCCUGCGGGUUUCCCUGUGCCACUGCGGUGAAACCAACUGUAAAAGAGGAUCUGGUUAAAAAAGUAAACAACAACCUGAAUAUCACGAGCGCCGUGUUUUGUAAUUGCGAGACCCCCAGUUUAUAUAGUUUUUUUUCUUUUCGUUCACAUCUCCGGGUCAACCUAUUUCAUCAUCCAACCGGCAAAAUGGGAAAUGAGGCAAGUUACCCCCUGGAAAUGUGCUCGCAUUUCGAUGCUGAUGAGAUUAAGCGUCUGGGAAAGAGGUUUAAGAAACUGGACCUUGAUAACUCUGGGUCCCUUAGCGUGGAGGAGUUCAUGUCCCUCCCUGAACUCCAGCAGAACCCGCUGGUCCAGAGGGUCAUCGACAUCUUCGACACCGAUGGAAACGGAGAGGUGGACUUCAAGGAAUUCAUUGAGGGAGUCUCACAAUUCAGUGUCAAGGGGGACAAGGAGUCAAAACUUCGGUUUGCCUUCCGGAUCUACGACAUGGACAAGGAUGGCUACAUCUCCAACGGAGAGCUCUUCCAGGUGCUGAAGAUGAUGGUAGGAAACAAUCUGAAGGACACCCAGCUGCAGCAGAUCGUGGACAAGACCAUCAUCAACGCAGACAAGGACGGAGACGGCAGGAUAUCCUUUGAAGAGUUCUGCUUAGUGGUGGGUGGCCUUGACAUACACAAAAAGAUGGUGGUAGACGUGUGAGCAUGUCCCUCCGCUCCUCUCCCUCCCCUCUGCUUUCUUCUCCAUCGGUCUCUGAAGAUCUGCUCAAGACGUCUGGCAAACACUUCGUGUAUCAAUGGAAGUAUUCUCUCUCCCCGUGAAGCCACUUUUUUCCCCUAAACAAGCCACAAGCUUUGCGAAGCCAAUUUAGUUGUGUUAUUGAACUCCGAUCCUCUCGAUAACCUGAAGGACAGCUAUUUUGAGGGAGGGAGGGGAAAGGUUGGCUUGACUAUAUUUUGUCCCCCAAAAAUUGUAAUGUUAUUUUUUUUUUAAAUAUUUAUUUUUGUUCUGGUCUCUUUUUUUUAUAGACGAAGUAUAUCUAUAAAUGUAUAUUUAGUGGGGAAAUGUGUCAUUAUCUGAGGUGUUGCGUUUAAAUAAUAUACUUGAUUUGGGUUACAAUUCAAAACGUAGGGUAUAAAGUGCCAACCAGGACAUAUGGUAUUGUUAUUAUUAAGUAUCCACCAUUGCGGUCAGUGAUGGACUGGUCUGUGAUGAGUCAAAUGCUCGCUGCAAGAUCACUAAUGGUCAGCUGCAAAUUUCAUUUUCUAAAAUAAACAGCUGUUUCUUUUGCACUAUUUGACUCCUGAGCAGGUUGGAUUAGAUCAAUUAAGACAUUUGACUCUUGAGCAGGUUGGAUUAGAUCAAUUAAGACAUUUGACUCUUGAGCAGGUUGGAUUAGAUCAAUUAAGACAUUUGACUCUUGAGCAGGUUGGAUUAGAUAAAUUAAAACAUUUGACUCUUGAGCAGGUUGGAUUAGAUCAAUUAAGACAUUUGACUCUUGAGCAGGUUGGAUUAGAUAAAUUAAAACAUUUGACUCUUGAGCAGGUUGGAUUAGAUCAAUUAAAACAUUUGACUCUUGAGCAGGUUGGAUUAGAUCAAUUAAGACAUUUGACUCUUGAGCAGGUUGGAUUAGAUCAAUUAAGACAUUUGACUCUUGAGCAGGUUGGAUUAGAUCAAUUAAGACAUUUGACUCUUGAGCAGGUUGGAUUAGAUCAAUUAAGACAUUUGACUCUUGAGCAGGUUGGAUUAGAUCAAUUAAGACAUUUGACUCUUGAGCAGGUUGGAUUAGAUCAAUUAAGACAUUUGACUCUUGAGCAGGUUGGAUUAGAUCAAUUAAGACAUUUGACUCUUGAGCAGGUUGGAUUAGAUCAAUUAAGACAUUUGACUCUUGAGCAGGUUGGAUUAGAUCAAUUAAGACAUUUGACUCUUGAGCAGGUUGGAUUAGAUAAAUUAAGACAUUUGACUCUUGAGCAGGUUGGAUUAGAUAAAUUAAGACAUUUGACUCUUGAGCAGGUUGGAUUAGAUAAAUUAAGACAUUUGACUCUUGAGCAGGUUGGAUUAGAUAAAUUAAGACAUUUGACUCUUGAGCAGGUUGGAUUAGAUACAUUAAGACAUUUGACUCUUGAGCAGGUUGGAUUAGAUACAUUAAGACAUUUGACUCUUGAGCAGGUUGGAUUAGAUACAUUAAGACAUUUGACUCUUGAGCAGGUUGGAUUAGAUAAAUUAAGACAUUUGACUCUUGAGCAGGUUGGAUUAGAUAAAUUAAGACAUUUGACUCUUGAGCAGGUUGGAUUAGAUCAAUUAAGACAUUUGACUCUUGAGCAGGUUGGAUUAGAUAAAUUAAGACAUUUGACUCUUGAGCAGGUUGGAUUAGAUAAAUUAAGACAUUUGACUCUUGAGCAGGUUGGAUUAGAUCAAUUAAGACAUUUGACUCUUGAGCAGGUUGGAUUAGAUAAAUUAAGACAUUUGACUCUUGAGCAGGUUGGAUUAGAUACAUUAAGACAUUUGACUCUUGAGCAGGUUGGAUUAGAUACAUUAAGCUUCCGAUCACAUUAAACCUGUUGGAAGUUUAGAGUGAUGGGCUGUUUUAUUAUAUGUUCAUACUUUGAGAUUAUUACUCUAAGCGUAGAGAUAGAUGCCAAGAAAGUGAUGUCCUGGUAUACUUAUUUGUAUUUUACUUACUUUAACGACACGUUUUUACGUUGAACCAUAUGACAAUCCCCCAAUGCAAAAUAAAUGGGCGGCAGGUAGCCUAGCAGUCAGAGGCGAGCCAGCAACCGGAGGGUUGCUAGUUUGAAUCCCGGGUCUGACGGGAAAAAUCUGAAGGGAAGUGAGCUGGUAACCAGAGGGUUGCUGCUGGUGUCAAAUCCUAGAUGGCAUAACCUGCCGUUGUACCCUUGAGCAAGACCCUUAACAACCCCCCCACAGCAACUGCUCCAUGGGCGCCGUAGUAUGGCAGAGUCCCCUGCUCUAACCUGUGUGUGUCUUGGGAUAAAGUCAAAUGUUCUGUUGCACCUUGUGUACAAUCGAACGUAUAAAAGAAUCUUGUUCAAAAAAAUAAUAAUAAUCUCUUUAACAUGGACCAUCUAUGUAUUUGUAUUUUAUAUCUUAAACUGAGGAAUAUCCUAAAAUAUCGAGAUGAGAAAGAUUUAAUGAAUGUCAGUGAGUUAUUGAGGGAAUAUAGAAUGUUCUGGCAUGUUAUUGAGGCUCAACUGCAGGCAGCAUAGUAACUGUAUAUUAGGUCAAUGUUUGCUCAUCUUAGUAGAGAGAGAGGCUGCAGCAGCCAAUGUCAAACCCACCCCCCAUCAGUAGUGCAUUUACAGUACAGGGUUCUUUCUAAUGCAACAACAGAGUUACUCGUAAACGUUUGACAUGAUCAAUGGACAUACGGUACAUUUGAGAGUACAUUAGAAAGUGAAGAUUUAAGAACCUAUCACGAUCGCCUCAUCGGUCCUCUCCCUCUGUGGUAUUCACAGUAGGGAGACUGACACAAGUUUAUGGUGAAAUGGGCAUCCCGAGAAUAUAAAUGUAACAAAAUGGCGGCGGGUUGUAUUUUAAUGAUUUGAUAGUUGGUUUGGAAACCAUUGUUUUUAGUGAGACGUCUCAAAUGCCUCCCUGCAUAGUGUACUACUUUUUAACCAGGGCCCAUAGCGCAGGUCAAAAUGAGUGCAUCAUAUAUAGGGCACUGUACAAGUGGCUUUUCUUGGGCCUCCUAUGUUUGCAUGAUGAUUUUCCUUGUGCAUGUAGAUGAUCCAUUUAAAUAAUCCUCGUUAAAACACGUGAAUGGUGAGGUCAGUAAAAACUAUAUUUAAUAAUCUACUGGGAAACAUAUUGGAUUUUGUCCUAACUUUGUUAAAUGUUCACAUUAUGGAGCAGUAAUCCAAACGAACUGAACUACAUGUUAACUUUGUAUUCACCCCCCCCCCCCCCCCCGGAUCAGCGCGAUGAGGAUUCUUUUCCUGUAAAAAGCUGGUCCCAAAGUCAACUGCCACUCACUGUACUCGACACAGUUUUGUAUAGAAGCUUUCCAUUCCGUUAUCAAAUAUAGUUCAGAUUUUUAGUUCUGCAAGUACUACUUUCUCUAUUUUCUUUGAAGGGGACUCGGUGCUCUUUUAGUUUUGUGUGGAAACUGAAACGGUUAAGUUUGACUAAUAGUUAUUCUCCCCUUUCUCUGCAUGGUGCAUCUGAUGCUGUGGGACUGUUGGAAACUUGAUAUUGUAUGAAAAUUUAAAAAAUAAAACACUUUGAAACAUUUUAA